CUCUCCGGGCGAUAAACAGAAAAGACGCAGUCUCCACUUUACACCCCAGACCUCCCCUAGACAGGUACCUUGGGGUCCCAGAGUCCGUGAACUUCCCUUUGCUUUCCGGGCUAGGCACGAGGUCAAAGGACGCGACCUGGAGGAGGCCCUGGAUCGAGGGGUGGUCUCCGCCCGCCGGCCGCGCCGCCGCCACUGCGGUCUGCGGUGCGAGGAGGGGGAGCAGAUGUGAGCCGAAGCGGAGGGACAGGGCCGAGCGGGGAGAGAGGGACGCAGACGCAACCCAGCUGGGGCCGCGGGGGGCUGCGGCUUUCAGACGCGGCGGCGCGCACGGCGACUCCUUCUGUCGGCCGGCCGAGUGCGCCCUUCCGCUGAGCCCUUAAUUCCGAAAGCGCGGAGAUUCCCAGACUCCACCCCGGCCUUGCCAGCCCCACUCCUCCCCCUGCCUUCUCCGUGUCCGACGCUGCCCUGUCAGACCAGAAAUCCCAGCCUCCAGGCCGGGUGGGAUGCGAGGAAGUUCUCCUAAAUCAGAAGUGGAUUGAAAUCUAAUAAACGCAGAUUUUGGGUACCUCAGGCUUGAAGGGGCUCUUUUAUUGAGAAUCGAUGUCUUCUCCUAGGUAAUUGAUCACUGUAGACCCAGGGACACUCGACUCAUCAUCGAGGGAGGGUAAUCAUCAUGAAUAAUCAAAAAGCUGUAGCUGUGCUACUGCAAGAGUGCAAGCAAGUGCUGGACCAGCUCUUGUUGGAGGCGUCAGAUGUGUUAGAGGAGGACAAGAGGGAGGACCAGCGGUGCAGAGCUUCACUCCCCAGCGAGUUAAGAACCCUGAUCCAGGAGGCAAAGGAAAUGAAGUGGCCCUUCGUGCCUGAAAAGUGGCAGUACAAACAAGCUGUGGGCCCAGAGGACAAAACAAACCUGCAGGAUGUGAUUGGCGCCGGGUUGGAGCAGUUACUGGCGUCCCUGAAAGCCUCCAUCCUCGCCCGGGAGUGUGCCACCGCAGCUGCCAUUGUGUUCCUGAGCGACCGGUUCCUGUACGGGCUCGACGUCUCGGGCGAACUCCUGCAGGUCGCCCAAGGGCUGCACAAGCUGCAGCCAGCAACGCCAAUUGCCCCGCAGGUGGUUAUUCGCCAAGCCCGAAUCUCGAUGCACUCAGGGAAACUUUUAAAAGCAGAGUAUAUCCUGAGCAGUCUGAUAAGCAACAGUGGAGCAACAGGUACCUGGCUGUACAGAAAUGAAAGCGACAAGGUCCUGGUGCAGUCGGUCUGCAUACAGAUCAGAGGGCAAAUUCUGCAAAAGUUAGGGAUGUGGUACGAAGCAGCAGAGUUAAUAUGGGCCUCAAUCAUAGGAUAUCUGACACUUCCUCAGCCAGAUAAAAAGGGCAUUUCCACAUCACUAGGUAUACUGGCAGAUAUCUUUGUUUCCAUGAGCAGGAAAGAUUAUGAAAAAUUUAAAAGCAAUCCUGAAAUUAACUUGGGCUUGCUGAAGGAGUUUGACCACCAUUUGCUGUCAGCCGCUGAAGCCUGCAAGCUGGCAGCCGCCUUCAGUCCCUACACGCCUCUCUUCGUGCUCACGGCUAUGAAUAUACGUGGCACAUGCCUGUUGUCAUAUAGUAGUUCUAAUGACUGUCCUCCAGGAAUGAAAAAUUCAUAUCUGUGUGAAGCCAAAGAGGCCUUUGAAAUUGGCCUCCUUACCAAGAAAUGUGAUGAACCAGUUACUGGAAAACAGGAGCUCCAUAGUUUCCUCAAAGCUGCUUUCGGUCUCACCACGGUGCACCAGAGGCUCUAUGGGGAGAUGGAGACGGUCCACACAGCAAGUCAGCUCUGUAGUGAAGCUAUGGGAAAGCUGUAUACUUUCAGUAUUUCCUCCAGAAGUCAGGAGAGAGAAGCUGUCUCUCAGGAAGUCAUGUCUCUUAUCACCAGGGUGAAGGAACAGUUACAAGUUCAAAGCUUCUCAAAUUUAGAUGACAAGUCUUAUGUUCCAGAGGGUUUCAAGUGUGGGUUGGAGAAACCCAUCUUGCAUGGGCAAGUGGAUUUCCAAAAAAUUAUUGAAACCUAUUCACAGCACCACACUUCAGUGUGCGAAAUAUUUGAAAGCACUUGUGGAAACAACAAAAAUAAACAGGAAGAUACAAAAACAGGAGUCUGUAUCACUGAUCUAAAAACAGAAACAAAAAACAUAGAUACUGUGAGUACUACUGAGGACAAACCACGUUUUGAAAAAGGCAUGGUAAUAUCUUCCUCCCAAAUGGCUAGGAGUGGUUGGGAGAAACUCAGGAGGGUAGGAAGGAGAAACCUGGCCAGUUCUGAUGCAUUUCAAGUCUCCGUGGAUGAAGAUGUGGAGACUGAGGCUGAGUCAACACACCAUAGCAGUGGUGGGGGAGCUGUUUUGAACAAGUCUCUGAGCGACAGCCAGAGCUCCAGUUCUUGGAGCAAGUUAUCAGGGUGUAGUUCUUCUACAAGCUGGGAGGAAGUGAAUUACCAUGUUGGUGAUAUGUCAGCCAGAAGAGAGCCUAGCAAGGAAGAGCAUCAUGUGGACACUCAAUGUUCCACUGCCCUGGCAGAAGAACUGGAGAUCGAUGGGGAGAGCAGAGCUGUACAUCCACUGUCUUCAGAGCUUCAUGGGCUCUCUCUCCAGGUGUCCAGGGAUGACAGUUUAGAGUCUUCUCAAAGUCAACUACCCAAGCCCAUGCCCUUGACAACUUUUCCUCCUCAUAACACAACAGGCACUUUGUUGGCCUCAGGUGCAGGGCUGUUAAAAGGAGCUCCAGAAGGUAUGUGGGAAGCUGGAAAUGUGGGGUCCAGAGAUACUUCUGCUCAUUCCAGACCCUCAUUUGGUUCUGCUUCUUGGUCUUCUGAUUCUGGUUGGCCCAAGAACAUGGCCACAUAUCCUCCGAUCCAAGAAGAAGAAACCUUUGAAAUAAUUGAUAAGUUUCCAGAAAUCAACUGUGAUGCCAAAGACAGUCAUGAAGAAGAGAAGAGAGAAGAAAUCAAAGGAGACACAGGUCCCACAUUUAAAGAUAGCCCCUGCUGGGUUGACGCAGAAGAAGAAACAGCAGAGAGAGCAGAAGAUAGGCCCGUAGACUUCCACAUAGUUGUGGACGAGCCUCUGGGCAAAAGUUCCAUGAUAGCAUGUAGCACUUUCACUCCUCAUUGGCUUGUUCAAAAUCCUGACUCAGGGAAAAGUGGUGGCUCAGUCAAAGAGCAGGGCAUUGACCCUGAUGCCUCCACGGUGGAUGAGGAGAGCCAACUGCUGGACAGCACAGAUGUUCACGCCACAAGCACACAUGGCUCUCACAGAUCAUGUGCUCUGAGGCAGCUGCGUGGUCAGGGAGCCCAGAUCCCCAAUUCCUCUGUAAGUGGUAACACUUCCAUCCCUGUCCUCAGCGAGGACUGCACUACCACAGAGGAAGCAAAUGAACCUGGAAACCUGCUAAACUGCAGCCAGAGCUCCAGCUCGUCCUUGGCAUGGUGGAUGGAAUCACCUGCAAUUUCCAGUGGUUCUUCUGAGGGAGAAAACCCAUGGUCCUUUCUGAAUUCCAGUGGAAGUUCUUUUGUUUCAUUGCCAGGAAUGACAACACAAAAGAUCCUUAAGGCUCGCACCCUGCAGCCUGAUGACUUUGAAAAACUCUUGGCAGGGGUGAGGCAUGAUUGGCUGUUCCAGAGACUGGAGAAUACAGGAGUUUUUAAGUCCAGGCAACUCCAUGGAGCACAUAAUGCUCUUUUGUUAAAAUAUUCCAAGAAAUCUGAACUGUGGACAGCCCAGGAAACUGUUGUGUAUUUGGGGGACUACCUGAAUGUGAAGAAGAAAGGCAGACAAAGGAAUGCAUUUUGGGUACAUCAUCUUCAUCAAGAAGAAACUCUGGGGAGAUAUGUUGGGAAAGAAUAUAAGGAGCAGAAGGGGCUCUGGCACCACUUCAUCGAUGUGGAGAGGCAGAUGACUGCACAGCACUAUGUGACAGAAUUUAACAAGAGACUUUAUGAACAAAAUAUUCACACACAGAUAUUCUACAUACCAUCCUCAGUAUUACUGAUUUUGGAGGGCAAGACAAUAAAAGGAUGUGUCAGUGUGGAACCUUACAUACUGGGAGAAUUUGUAAAAUUGUCAAAUAACACGAAAGUGGUGAAAACAGAAUACAAAGCCACAGAAUAUGGCUUGGCUUACGGCCACUUUUCUUAUGAGUUUUCCAAUCAUAGAGAUGUUGUGGUCGAUUUACAAGGUUGGGUGACUGGUAAUGGAAAAGGGCUUAUCUACCUCACAGAUCCCCAGAUUCACUCUGUUGAUCAGAAAGAUGUCACUACCAAUUUUGGAAAGAGGGGAAUUUUUUACUUCUUUAAUAACCAGCAUGUGGAAUGUAAUGAAAUAUGCCAUCGCCUUUCUUUGACAAGACCUUCAAUUGAGAAACCAAAUAAUUCAUAGACUAUCUAGAGUGAUAAUGACCACUUAGUGCUCCUCACCAGUGCCGGGCUCUCCCCUCCUUCCAGGGACACCAAUUAUGGCACAGCCUGGUCCCUUGGGUUUAGGUGGGAACAUGGGACUGGUUCCAGCCAAUGAUUUGUGAGAGGCAUUGAUAAGUAUCACUUUCAGGCCCAUAUUAAAUUGCCAGGGCAACACCAGGGCAGAGUCUCUUUCCCUCUGCGCAAUUACCAAGAGUACACCAGGAGAUAGCUGCUCAUCAGCAUAAGUCCUGCAAUGAGGAAAUCACAGGAAAGAGCCCCACUGACCCACGAUGGACAGAAAACACACAUGAGAAAUAAACUUUUCUGGCUUAAGCCAGAAAUUUUGGAGCUUUUGUCACUGUCCAUCAAGACUGAUACUAUUGGUGUUUUUCUUAUUGAUUUAGGAGUUCUUUAUAUAUAUAUUAAAGAAUUCAGGCCUUUG